AUGUCCUCUCAAAUUUCAAGUGAAAUUGAGCUUUCAGAUCUUGGGACGAGGCGUAUUAGAGAGGCACAGGAUGCUAACAUGAAUGGCAAUGGUAAACAUGGAAAUAUUGAUGCUAUAACCAGAAGAGGAAUAAAUGGGUUGAAUGAUACAAUUGUGCAACAUACAUACACAGGAGGCGAGGACGAAGAGACUUCUGCGGAAGGGACUGUACGUUCGGAUGAUAAUGAAGAUCGCCCCCCUGACGGUGGGUUUAAGGCUUAUUCGGUGAUGAUUGGCUCAUUCUUCACAAUUUUGACGAAUUUAGGUCUUAUUAAUUCUAUUGGAGCAAUCCAGACCUAUGUGUCUGAACACCAGUUGUCAGAUCUUAGUGCUAUUAACGUUUCGUGGAUUUUCUCUAUCUACCUUUGUCUUGCGUACGGAGUGGGACUUUUCACUGGGAGUACAUUUGACAAGAGGGGACCUCUAGAAUUGAUGGUUAUAUCAGCAGUACUAUUAGUUGCGGACUUGUUUGGUGCAGCCUACAGUAAGCUGGUUUAUCAAUUUAUUUUGAGUUUUAUUGCUGUCGGUAUUUCAAAUGGGUUAUCGAUUACCCCUUCUAUUGGUGUAAUGAAUCAUUGGUUUUCCAAUAAAAAAAUUGGCAUGAUUCAAGGCAUAUCAACAAGUGCAGGCUCCCUCGGUGGAUUAGUAUUUCCAUUAUUGUUAAGAUUUUUAUAUCCGAAUUAUGGGUUCACGAUAGCCCUUAUUAUCUUAGGAUGUAUCUGCCUUGGUUGUAUGAUAAUCGGAAUUGUUUUAAUUAAAGAAAGAGUGAAGAGAAAAGAGCCAAGCGAACCUUCUUCAUCGACCGAAAGACUUGAAUCAUUGUCAAAAUGGAAAAAGAUGAGGGAAGAAGCAAAAGUCUUGAGCUUCAAGCAUUUGAAAGAUACUAGGUACACACUUCUUAUCGUGGGCGCAUUUUUCGCCGAGCUUGCAUUAGUGAUGGUUAUUACUUAUUUUGCUACCUAUGCAAUUGCACAGAAUGUCUCGGAAUCAACGUCUUACAUAUUGUUAACCGUAUGGAAUGCCACCGGUAUUUUAGGAAGAUUUAUACCAGGGUAUGGAUCAGAUAUCUUUGGAAAAUUUAAUAUGAAUAUCUUAAUGCUUUUAGGAUUUAAUAUAUCUAUCUUUGCAUUAUGGAUACCUUUCGGGUAUAAUUUGAAAGUUUUGUAUGCAUUCGCAGCAUUGGGAGGGUUUUUCCUGGGUCUGAUUUUAUCUAUGGUUCCUAUUUGCUUAGCUCAAAUCAGUUUGGUAGUGGAAUUUGGGGAAAGAUACGGUUUGUUGAACUUUUUUGUCAGUAUAGGAAAUUUGUUCGGUAUCCCAAUUGCUGCAGUUAUUAUUGGGGACGGCAGUAUCCACAAUUAUAAUAAGUUUGCUAUUUUUGUAUGCGUUUGCUCUGUUGUCGGGACCUUCUUCUGGUAUUUAAGUAGAUAUUCCAUUGUUGGGUUUAAACUAAACGUGAAGGUUUAG